AUGCUGCCUUCAGCAGGUGUAAGACUUGCAGGCCAAGCAAAGACUGUUGUUGUUGCCGGUAUAGGUGUUGGCGUGGUUCUUUUCGCAGUUAUGAUACGUAGGUGGUUUCUCCGUGAAAGGCAUUCAAAUGCCAAAAUCGCAAAGGGACUGAGUGACGCGGGUCUCCAGGAAAUACCUUAUGACACCAUUCAUCGUCAUGAAAAACUUGAAGCUGUCGACUCUGGCCAAGAUGUGCUACGUUCAAUAGAGCGAGCGUUUGCCAUUAUCGAGGCGUACCGCACCAAAAGCGAGAAACAUUCUGAUAGAUUUGAAGAACUUAGUUCGAUAGCUGAUCGUUUACGGUUACUUGGAAGCGACGUCGCACGACUGCUUGCUGAUGGGGUUUUGGAAGAAUUCAAGGACGACUUUGGCAAUGUCAUUCCUCAGUCAGCUGGUUGGGCAACAGUUUACAGUUCUCCGCGUGCCGGAACCUUGUCAGUUCUAUCAGACGAUUCCUUUAUGUCGGCUUAUGAGGAAUUUUCGGUAACGCUUGACGAAGAUCUUUUCCGAGAUUUCGUGCCGGUACCAGAAGACCAGCUUAUAUUUUACAAAGAUGGGUUGCGCGCUGCAAACAAUGGAGAAGUACAAAUCUUUCUGUUCUGCGUGGACUAUAGAAAAAUGAGAGGCGACAUAUGUCAAUGUGAAAGUGAGCUCGAUUUCGCAGCAAAACUUUGGUGCAUUCGCCAAGCCUUUGCUACAUGCUUGCAUGAUGAACAUCGGAGGAUGUGGCUGGCGAAAACUGGGCGAACACUGUUAGGAGAUAUUCUCAAACACUCGAAGCAGGACCCGUCCCAGUUUUACAUAGCCUUUGAUGCCUUACUAGAGUUUUUCCGUAACGCAGCGAAUGUAAACCAAAUGGAAGAGGAGCUAGCCGAUCGAGGGAUGAUCAACAGUGGGACCAAACUGCGCUUCCGUCUCCAUGGCCUUAGAACAGAAUAA